UGCAGCGUUUCCAUCUUAAACUAAUGUAAUCUCAUUAAUCAACGGUCAGAAUUGAUAUUGAUAGCAUCUGCAUAACCGUUGGAUCAAAAGUUUUGAAGAAGCGAGGGCAAAGUACCGAACUGGCUACAUUUUGUGCCUCACUGUGACCGGCUCAUGUUCUGUUUUUGCCGCUCAAUUUCCCUCUUACUGGCUUUGUUGGUGGUUUCAGUUGAGAGAGAACGGCGAAGUGAACUUCGCACUAUUCUCUGAAGCAACCGCAAUUUCUUUUCGAGCCUACCGUGUUGUGACUAUUCACUUCAGCUGCUGUCAUGGAUUAUGAUGAGGAGUGUUCAAUUGUUCUUGAAUUAUCUGAAAGGGAUCCUUUCUUUGACAAAAAGAAGAAAUUACUACAAAGUAAGGGUUUUAGUCCCAAAGAACGGAUAUACCUCAAGAGCUCUUCAAAACCUGGCUGGAUGAAUGCUACUGUGGAGGUGUUACUUCAUAUUGCACGAAUCAUACAAUUAAAUGAGCUGGAACUUUAUUUUGCUGAAGAUGAUGUAUGCGCAUCAAUGGAGUUUUACAGUUCCAGGAAUGAGUUGGAGGCUCUCAACUCAAUUGUUUUGCUCACUGACAUACCACUUUCUAAUUGUUCACAUCUCCAUACAAAUAUCCUGCAACAGUUACGCCAAAAAAUUCUGGAUUUAAUAUCAGAAUAUGGGGACAAGAUCAGUGUGAAGGGAAUAGUUGAAAAAGAACACAGUUGUGACGAAGAAGAACGGUUGAUAGAAUGGGGUGAAAACAAUGGUGUAACAACACAAUUAAAAAUAGCUUAUAUUGAAGGAGCCGGUCGGGGUGCAAUAGCCAGGAAAGAUCUAAAAGUUGGAGACAUUGCUUUGGAAAUUCCUGUGUCCACUAUCAUAUCCGAGGAGCAUGUGCAUGAAACUGAUAUGUAUGGUGUCUUAAAAGAGAUUGAUGGCAUAUCAUCUGAGACAAUUUUGCUAUUAUGGAGUAUGAAAGAAAAGUACAACUGUGAUUCAAAAUUCAAAAUUUACUUUGACACACUCCCAGAAAAAUUUAAUACAGGUUUGAGUUUCAGCAUUGAAGCAAUUACAAUGUUAGAUGGAACCUUGCUAUUGGAAGAGAUAAUGCAAGCAAGACAGCACCUGCAUGCUCAAUAUGAUGAGUUGUUCCCUGUUCUGUCCAAUAAUUUUCCUGAUAUAUUUCCACCAGAGCUGUACACAUGGGAGAAAUUUUUAUGGGCUUGUGAACUUUGGUACACUAAUAGCAUGAAGAUAAUGUAUUCUGACGGAAAGCUAAGAACAUGCUUGAUCCCUAUUGCUGGCUUUCUUAAUCAUUCAUUGUGCCCUCAUGUGAUGCACUAUGGAAAAGUGGAUCCUGCAACAAACUCACUGAAAUUUUGUCUAUCAAGACCAUGCAGAUCUGGAGAAGAAUGUUGCUUAAGCUACGGGAGCUUCUCCAGCUCUCAUCUAAUUACCUUUUAUGGUUUCUUACCACAAGGAGACAACCCGUAUGAUGUUAUUCCGUUAGACAUUGACGGUUCUGACGUCGAUUCUAAUGAGGAUACACCCAUGUCCAACUGGACGACUCACAUGGUGCGGGGUACCUGGCUCUCCAAGAAUCACAACAUAUUCUACUAUGGCCUUCCCUCUCCAUUAUUGGACAAUCUUCGGAGAUCUCGAAGUCCCAUGCUGCGAACGAAGACUUUUUUGCAAGGAAGCUUGGAAAAUGAGCUGGAAGUUCUUGAUAAUCUCAAAGAUAUCUUUGAUGACAUGAUGGAUUCUAUGGACGAGAUCGAUCUGGAUGACAGAGAAAACUGCAGUUGGGAUGAAAAUUUGGCUAUGGAUUUUAAAAUUCUACAAAGACGAAUUGCCCAUUCUGUUUCAACUUCGUGUCACACUGGUAUGGAGAUGUUAAAGAACGAACUGUACAAGUGCAUGGAUGAGGACAUCCUAGGCUAAUUGAGCACCUUGGAUCAUUGCCGUUAGAUGGUCAUUUGGAUCUUGUAUUAUAAAAAUUCGUGAAGUUUUGCUGUCAUUCGCUAUGUGGCCGAGCUUGGUUGCUACACUCUGACACAGACAGCACAGAGUGUCUUUUUUUUACGUGAAAUGGAUGGUUCUACUUCCAGAGUGAAGAAAGCAUUUGCUUGCCGUAGCUAUUGGCG